GUUCACUCUGACCGCUAGAUGACAGAAUUGCUACUACUUUAAUAUUUAAACGGAGGAAUGAGAGCGCAUAUUUGCCUCGGCUACUUUGAUAAAAAGCUACAAAACAUUGUUUAAAACAUGUGCAAGGAUUACAUCGUAUUAGAGCUGUUCUUGUCGAAAUGAAUACUGAAUGACUGUCCGGUUCGCUCUGCAGGAAUGUUUCAACGGAAACGCCUGAAAACACAAGCACCUGUUCCUGCAUUUGCAGCGUAUUCGUUUCUAUAGCAACGCCUAACACUACGUCAAGCCAUGGUCCGUAUCAGUGAGGAUCUGAUCCGCCGCAGAGCAGAACACAAUAAUGGUGAGAUCUUCUCUCUGGAGGAGGUUUCCCUCCAUCAGCAGGACAUCGAGAGGAUCGAGCACAUCCACAAAUGGUGCAGAGACCUCAAAAUCCUCUACUUACAAAACAACCUCAUCCCUAAAAUAGAAAAUGUGGGCAGACUAAAGAAACUGGAAUAUUUAAAUCUGGCACUGAACAACAUCGAAGUCAUUGAGAAUUUAGAAGGCUGCGAGAGCUUACAGAAACUAGACCUGACGGUGAAUUUCGUGGGAAAGCUAAGCAGUGUGGAGUCUCUGAAGCAGAACCUUCAUCUCAGAGAGCUCUACCUGGUGGGAAACCCCUGUGCUGAUUUUCAGGGAUACAGACAGUAUGUGGUGGCAGUUCUGCCUCAACUACAGUGGUUGGACGGGAAAGAAAUUGGUCGAGCUGAGCGUAUCCGGGCCCUGCAGGAACUGGAUGAAGUCAGGGGACAUGUUUUAGAGCAGGAGGCGGAGUAUUUAGAGAAGAGAGAGAAGCAGAAGAGGAGUGGUUUGAAAGAAACAUCAGCCAUAGAAAAGCAGGAGCAUCCUCAAAUAAACCAAUCGCUCUCUGAGAACCAAAAUGUGACCCAUCAAAAUCCAGAAUCAAGCUCUAAGGCUCACACAGACGCAGAAGAUAAGGAGAGGGAAUUCUGGGAAAAGCCAUGCGCAUUCACCCCAGAAUCCAGGCUAGAGACCCAUCGCCAUCUGGAGGAUAAGAGGAGGGCCAAUGAGAAAGAGAGGGAGAAGCCUAAAACAAAACCCCCCAGAACUCUGAUCACUGCAAACGGACGAGUGCUGAACGUCAACGAACCAAAGUUGGACUUCAGCCUUACUGAAGAUGAGAACAACUGCAUGGUUCUGGAUUUACACGUUUACAGGCACAUGGACACCUCCCUGCUGGAUGUGGAUGUUCAGCCAACAUAUGUUAGAGUGACCGUCAAAGGAAAGGUCUUCCAGCUGGUUUUGCCUGCAGAAGUAACACCGGACAACAGCAAAGCACAGAGAUCCCAAACCACCGGCCACCUGCUCCUCACCCUGCCUCUGGCACAUGGAGAGAUAAAACCAAAGAAACCCACAGUAAGGCCGACCAGUGUUACCAGUAACCAGAAUACAAAGAAAGAAACCAGGACAGCGCCAGGGCGUGAAUUAUUGGAGGUGGAUCCCGGUCUGGCUGGGAGUCUGGCCAACAUUGUUUCCAAAGGAAAGGAGUCUUCCCACAAGCCCCUGCAACUCUCACAGCCUCACCAGCAUUGUGGCAUCGAGGAGAGGCCAGUGUCAAAGGACUUUUUAGAUGAUCCAGAAGUGCCUCCACUUAUGUGAACAAGACAGAGAGAGAGAGACUAUGAUAUGAAAUGACACAGCAAGUAAGCAGAAGCGUAAUCUCCCGCUCUGCUGAGCUUGUGGAACUGCGUGAUGAAAUAAUGUGAGAUAUAUUUAGCACUCUUCGUUAGACGUAUAGUUAAGCAGAUGAGUAAUUGUCAGUCUCAUUAAAGCUUGCUGAAUAUUUCACUGCUACAGAUCCUUCACUUUCAGUGUGUUCUCUCUCUCUCUCUC